AUGCAGACUGCUUCUACAAUUAUUUGUGAAAGACUGUGCAAUAAGUCCAUUUGUGAAAUUUCCUUGCUACUAAAUAUUCCACAGUCAACUGUUAGUGGUAUUAUAACAAAGUGGAAGCAACUAGGAACAACGGCAACUCAGCCACCAAGUGGUAGUCCAUGUAAAAUGACAGCGGGGUCAGCGCAUGCUGAAGUGCACAGUGUGCAGAAGUCGCCAACUGUCUGCAGAACCAAUAGCUAAAGACCUCCAAACUUCAGGUGGUAUUCAGAUUAGCACAACAACAGUGCGAGAGAGCUUCAUGGAAUGGGUUUCCAUGCAUGAGCAGCUGCAUCCAUGUCUUACAUCACCAAGUGCAAUGCAAAGCGUCGGAUUAUGUGGUGUAAAGCAUGCCACCACUGGACUCUAG